AUGGAAAGAAGGGAGGAAAAAGCGGAGAGGGGAGAUGAAGAGGCGAAGAAAAGGGGCAGGAAGACGAACGCGGAAAUGUUGAUUAGGGAGAGGGGAGACUUGGGAGGGAGCUAUGGGGACCUGACCGAGCUCUGGAAAAGGAAAAGGCAGAUGGCGGAGGAGGAAGAGCAGGUGGAGCAGGAGGAGGAGUGGAUGUUUAGGAAAAGCAAAAGGGUGGUGAGAUCGCCGGAGGGUAAGGUUGGGGGGGAAGGGAACGUGGAGGAAUUGUUGAGAGAAUGGAGGGAAUGGCGGAAAGAAACGAGAAAGGACAUGGGAGAGCUAAAAGAGAGGAUGGCGGCGGUGGGAGCGGAGGUUGGAAAGUUAAGGGAGGACAUGAGAAGAGGAGAGGAAAGAUGGAGGAAAGAGAAAGAGAGGAUGGAGGAAAGGUUAGGAGAGGCGGAAGGAAAGCUGAGAGAGUUAGAGGGGGCGAGGAGGAGGAUGGAGGAGAUGUCAAAGAGCGUAGUGAAUUUGGAAAAGGAGAGAGGAAGAGAGGGAGGAGAGACGAAGGGAGGACGGAGUGAGGUGGGAUGGGAAGAGGGGAUGGAAAAGAGGCUGAAGGAGACAGAGAACAAGUUAGAGAAAAAGGAAAAGGAGGAGAUAGGAGAAUGGAAGGUGAUACCGCUGAUUGAGACCUGGCUGGAGGAGAAGAGAUGGGGAACAAUAGCGAACAGGCUGCCGAAGGGAUACAGAUGGAGUAAGCAGUGGGCGAAGAGAAUGAACAAGAAAAGAAGGGCAAUAGGGGGGAUGUUAAUGGGGGUGAGAGAGGAGAUGGCGAAGGAGGAAAAGGUAGAAGAAAAAGAAGUGGAGGGGUUGAUGGCAAGAGAAAAUACGAGAGUGGAGAUAGAAAGGAUGGAGGUGGGGGAAAGGAUAGAAUCUGACCACCACCCACUGAUAGUGACGGUUAGAAGCGGUAAGGGGGUGAGGAGAAAGGAGGAGAAAAGAGAGAAAAAUGUAGGGAGUGGAUGCUGGUCGCAAAAGAUGAAGGAGGUAUUAAAAAAGGGGAUGGCAGGGAAGAGAGUGGAGGGAGAGGGGAUACAGGAGAUGGUGAAAGAGGCGGUGGAGAUAAUAAAGGAAGAAAUGCGGAGGAGCGAGAUGGGAGGAGGAUGGGAGGGAGGAAAGAGGAGGGAGACGUGGUGGGACGAGGAAUGCAGGGUGAAGAAAGCGGAGGUGAGAGCGAAGUUACGGAAAUAG